AUGACCAAGGGUACCCAGUCGUUCGGUAAGAGGCACAACAAGUCCCACGUCCUUUGCCGCCGUUGCGGUCGUCGUUCCUUCCACGUCCAGAAGCACACCUGUUCUUCCUGUGGAUACCCCGCUGCCAAGACCAGGAAGUUCAACUGGUCUGACAAGGGCAAGCGCAGAAAGACCACUGGUACCGGUCGCAUGUCCCACUUGAAGGACGUCUACCGUCGCUUCCAGAACGGCUUCCAGGAGGGUCAGGCCAAGAAGGCCGGCUCCGCCAAGGCUGAGGCUACCGCUUAA